UAAAUAGAUCUAACAGACUGAAAUCUAGAUUCUUAAUACAGUUUCUAACCUAUUUGUAGAAAAAUAGAUUUGAAAAGUAAAUCUAACUCUAGAAUAAAUAUUAUAAGCUUUAGGCAUAUAUCUAUAUAGGAAUAAGAGAUAAUCUACGGUUUACGCAGAUCAUUUCAGAAAGAUGGCUUACUCUUCAUGGGCUGUAGAAGUACACAAAGCUGUGUUUAUUUUAUUGGUUUUGAAUACUGUUAUAAUUUCAAAAUGUUAUUCUGAACACUGUGCCAAUAUUAACAAUUUAAAUGGUAACGAAAAUGGGCAUUCUAGUUUAAAGCAAGAAAGUGAUUGUGGAUGCAAAAUUAGCAGGUCUAAAAAGGAUGAUAACUUCCAAACUCAAAACAUUGAUCACUUAUCUGUUGACCAGUCUAAUAAUAAUCUUGAAGAUGGGCAGGAAUUCAGUGACAACAUGUUGCCAAGAACAAAUAGUAUGGUAUAUAUUCCAGGGGGAUCUUUUGAAAUGGGAACAGAUGAUCCAGUAUUUCUUGCAGAUGGUGAAAUGCCAUCAAGACAAGUGACCUUAGAUUCUUUUUACUUAGACAAGUAUGAAGUGAGCAAUGCUGAGUUUCAAAGAUUUGUCACAAGUCAAAAUUAUAUUACAGAGGCUGAACGUUUUGGCAAUUCAUUUGUUAUGGAUCUGUUUAUAAGUACAGAAACUAAAAGUAAAAUCACUCAAAUGGUCGCUGCUGCUCCAUGGUGGCUGCCGGUUGAAGGUGCAGAUUGGCGCCACCCAGAAGGACCAGAUUCAAAUAUUAAAUACAGAAUGGAUCAUCCAGUGUUACAUGUUUCAUGGAAUGAUGCUGUUGCUUUCUGCACAUGGUCAGGUAAAAGAUUACCUACAGAAGCUGAAUUUGAAUAUGCUUGUAAAGGAGGAAAAGCCAAUAGGCUAUUUCCAUGGGGUAAUAGUGAGAAUCCAAAAAGAGAACAUUGGAUGAAUAUAUGGCAAGGGGAAUUUCCAGUUGAAAACACAGGAGAAGAUGGCUAUAAUGGCACAUGCCCCGUAACAGCCUUUCCUGAUCAAAAUAAGUUUGGUUUAAAAAACAUAAUAGGAAAUGUAUGGGAGUGGACACAAGACUGGUGGGAAGUGAAACACAGCUCACUACCUCAGAAUAACCCAACUGGGCCAUCUUCAGGUACAGAUAAAGUUAAAAAAGGAGGAUCAUAUCAAUGUCAUAAGUCAUACUGUUAUCGUUAUCGUUGUGUUGCAAGGAGCCAAAAUACUCCAGAUAGUUCUGCAGCAAAUCUGGGAUUUCGUUGUGCAAGUGAUAAACUACCAGAUUAUUUGGCAUCAAAAGAAGAACUAUGAGUGAUUUGAAAUCUAAAAAAAAUCUGUUGAUGAGUAUCAAUUUUUAGGCCCAACACUGAACACAUUUUUAAAAUAUUUAUAUUAAUCACAUACUAAUUCUUAUACAGCUGAAUUUGAAGAGAGAUUGCUAAAGAGAUUUUAUAACUAUGCAAAAUUAAAGCAUUUAAAAAUAUUUUAAAACUCUAUGUUUAUGCAUUAACAGAUUAUAUUUACAAUAAUCAGAUUUAUUUCUUAAAUGUUGACUUUUUUGCAAAUAUAUAAUAUAUAAAUAUAUAUAUAUAUAUAUAUAUAUAUAUAUAUAAUAUAUUGUUACACACCCCUUUACUCCUUCUUUCAAUCUAGUUUGGGUGGUAAAUAAGAGUAAGGAGCAAUAAGAAACAAAUACAACUAGCAACUAUUUAUUACACUUUAAUGCCUUGAUAAAAUUAUAGUACCUGACAACCGCAAUCACAAAACAAAACAAAAAAUACUAUUUAACAAAACACCAUCAACAUAACUGAAAUACAAAUUCCUUAUCGUAAAAAUACUUGUCCCUCACUGUCCAUUCUAAUCUAAAUCUACAAACAUCCUGUGGGCGCCACCCACUCACGAGAUAUGUUCCCAUCAGUUUAUGUCUGAAUUCUGAAUUUGCCCCCCCCCCACCCCCCAGUAGCCAAUGCACAAGACUACGUGUGCAGGGCAAUGAGAUACAACCGCAAGUAUCAGAUCUAAUAAACAGUCUGGUACGGUCACACCCAAGUUUCCCCACAAUCAGCCGCCAGUCAAUGACAUGCUUCAGCCAUUUAUCACAGCUUGCUGCUUGUCUUGGCAUGACCAGCCUCUGGCCUUGACCAGGUUCAUAUCUUUGCAUUAGGACACCUCCCUGUCUUUCACUUUCUGGUCAAUCUAGGUGGUCGUAACAAUAUUUAUUAAUUUUCACUUGGUUUGCAUUACAAAUACAAGCCGUCUUGGGUUUUGGGAGGAAAAAUGCUAAGACUACUUACUAUAUAUUUUAGUAUAACAAUAGCUUAGGAACAUUACUUUCAGUUUUUUUAGGCACCGUUAUUGUUUUUUUGUAAAAACAUUCCACACACAAUCUUUUUUGUAAGCCUAUACCUGGUAUUAACCAAAAGCUGUUUGUUAUAUUAGUUAUAAUGUUAUGUUCUUGUAAUAAUAACUGCUCAUUGUGCAAUAUACAUUUUUUUCUACACUGCUGUUCAUUUACAUUUA